AUGGACCCAGCAACAGUGACCGGUCUCGUAGUAGCCGAGCAAGUCCUCUCCACCACCGUCGAAGGUGGUGCCAUCGCUGCCUACGGCCUCGCUCAAUCCACCCAACCUCUCAGCGCGACAUUCAAACGAGUCUCCAGCCCCGCCUUUCUCCCUCGCUCCAACCACUCCCUCACAGUCCUUACUGGCCGAGCUUACAUCUUUGGCGGAGGGGACGAGAGUGGCAAGUUGGCGGGUGACGAGGUCCAUAUCGUUACGCUGCCGUUGAAGAAGAAAGGGAAUCACGACGGGGAGGUAGAUUACAAGUGCGUGCCCAGCCUGGGGGAGGGAGAGGAUGGCAAAGUACCGGGUCCAAGAGCGGGACAUAUGGCGGUUGCUAUUGGCGAGAGGAUAUAUCUCUUUGGAGGUAAGGGGACCGAUGGACAGGCUAUAGAGGAGAUGGGGAGGGUGUGGGUGUUUGAUACCAAUACGCUUGGAUGGAGCUACAUCGAUCCUGCGUCCGACACUGCUACAACAUCUGUACCGCCAGCGAGAUACCACCAUGGCGCCGCGAGUAGCGAGCAUCCUCUCCCUCAAACAAGUGCGUCGAGCAAGGCGUCUUACAGCGAGCAAAUCACGUCCACAAUCGCCAAGCUCCCUUCCCUUAUGGCCAAAGCCUCAUCACCACAAGAGCCGCACGGCAGUCUCAUAAUCUGCUCUGGGCUCUCCGCACCCUCCUCGCCUCUAAAUGACACCUGGCUCUUCAACAUAACAACCCGCACCUGGUCCGCCCUCCCUUCCACGCCCUCCACCUCCCCCUCUCCACCCAGCAUGGCUCUCACGUACAACCGCCUCUACCUCAUCACCAGCACCUCAGACUUCGGAAGCGAAAUACACUACCUACCCAUCACAAAAGAAACAUACAGCGAUGCAAGAGGAGAGGGAGAAGUGGGCCUGACCAGCUCGAAGAACGAGUGGACGACCCUGCCCUUCCCUACGAAUCCGUUCGCGCCGGGGCCCAGACCGAGGAAGGGUGCAGGCUUGAUGCCCGUCACGACGGGCAACGGGAGAGAAUACCUCCUCUACUUCCUCGGGGAGAAGGCCGCCACGACACAGCCGGCCGAACCCGCGGAGAAGGAGGAAGAGAGGACCGACAAGGAUGAACCGACCUUUUGGUCGGAUUCCUACUCCUACCAAGUCCCCGCCAUCCCCGUCACCGCGGCCGGGAUCAAAGACGCGACGCGCCAAGCUAUGGGUAUAGCGACUGGGGAGGAUACGUGGGCCGAAGUCAAGGUCGAGGCGGGGAUCGAGAGUAAAGAGAAGGAUAGUGAGGGCAAAGCGCAUCCGGGGCCGAGGGGCUGGUUCGCGAGUUGUAUAGUGCCCAGCCAGCCGGGCAGUGUGGUGCUUUGGGGCGGGGUGAAUGGGAAAGGGGAGACGGAAGGGGAUGGGUGGUUGGUUGAUAUCGGUACUGCGAAGUAA